AUGGCCAGAAAGCGAAAAGCCCCUGCCUCCGCGGCUCCUCCACAGCCCGAACCCGUCCAACAGGAUCCCCAAAUCGAACAUCCAGACUUAGAAGAAGACCCGCCGACCCAAGAAGAAGAACCCGAAGUUGAAGAAGUAGAAGAAAUAGAAGUAGAAGAAGAGGAAGAGGAAGAGGAAGAAGAAGAGCAGCCAGGAAACGCGGAGGAGCCUAAAAAUGAUGAAGCGGUGACUGAUCCAGUGAAGAAUGGACAAGAAAAUGUGGAAAAUCCCUCGAACGACGCCGUUUCAUGCGAACAGCAAGCAAACGGUGAGAGUGGAGGCGAAGGUCAAAAUGAAGAAGAGGAAGAAGAAUUUGAGGAGGAGCCAAUAGAGAAGCUUCUGGAACCUUUUUCCAAAGACCAGUUAGCACUUUUAAUUAAAGAGGCUUUGAGUAAAUACCCUGAUUUCAUCGAGAGCGUGCACAAAUUGGCUGAUGCCGACCCUUCACAUAGGAAAAUAUUUGUACACGGGCUCGGGUGGGAUGCUAAUGUCGAGAGCCUUACAUCUGUGUUUGGGAAGUACGGAGAGAUCGAGGACUGUAAAGUUGUUAGUGAUAAGGCAUCCGGAAAAUCAAAAGGUUAUGGAUUUAUUUUGUACAAGCAUCGGAAUGGCGCCCGCAAAGCUUUGACGCAGCCUCAGAAGAAGAUUGGGACUCGGAUGACUUCCUGCCAGCUAGCUUCUGCGGGCCCAGCCCAGACUGCUCCUCCUCCAGCUGUGGCAACUGUCCCCACCCCACCUGUAUCGGAGUACACACAGAGGAAGAUAUACAUUAGCAAUGUCUCAGCGGAAAUCGAUCCAAAUAAAUUGUUGGAGUUCUUUUCCAAGUUCGGUGAAAUUGAGGAAGGGCCGUUAGGGUUAGAUAAGCAGACUGGGAAACCAAGAGGGUUCUGUUUGUUUGUGUACAAGAGCCUGGAGAGUGCAAAGAAAGUGUUGGAGGAGCCGCACAAGAAUUUUGAGGGCCACACCUUGCAUUGUCAGAAGGCAGUAGAUGGUCCAAAGCAUAGUAAGGGUCAUUAUAACCAACAGCAUACUUCUCAUCAGCAGCAGAACCAUCACCAGGGGCAGCAAGGUUAUUAUCACCAUACUGCAAAAAAGGGGAAGUAUGCAGGGAGCAGUGGUACAGGCGGUGGGCACCUGAUGGCACCAAGCCACGGCCCAUCUGUCCCUGUCGGGUUCAAUCCUGCAGUGGCGCCUGCAGCUAUAGGGCAGGCGGUGGCUGCUCUGUUAGCGACACAGGGUGCAGGCUUAGGUAUUGGGAAUUUGCUUGGAGGAGUUGGUGGUAUGAAUCCUCAGGGAGUAAUGCAGGGGAUGAGCAAUGCAGGUUAUGGAGGACAGAGUGGUGCAGGCGGGUACGGAGGUCAGCCUGGUAUGCAGGGAGGGUUUGUGAAGGCUGUGCUUUUUGCUGAUCUUGUUCUGUGGGGUGCUCUGUUAAGAUUCUUCAUAUAUGCAUCAAAACUUUUAGUUUUGGACUCUGCUGAUUCUUCUGAAGUUCCGGCACUCUGCAAAUGA